GAAGAGGACAACAGGUUUUGUCCGCUUUCGGCGCACCGUUCAAUAUUCCUUCAAGCUGUUCGAAUGCCUGAUGAUCUAACUCCUAGAAAGAAGCUUAUAGAGCGGAUUAUAGAUUGGAACACAAACAGACUUGGUCUGUUUGAGCUCUCAAUGCCUGCUGAGGAUGGCGAGUUCAAUGGCGUCAUGCGCUUUUUCUACCAAGACGAACUUGGUCGGUUUCAGACGAAGUGCAUCCGUGUUUCCAGCAAACAGAGAAGUUCAGAACUUGUCGAAGUUCUGCGUGAAAAGUUUUUUCCAUUAGAUAGCUCUAUUAAGCACAUGCACUUUGGCAUUUACGAGCAUCACGCUAGUGGAGUUCGGCGCUUAACGAAUGACGAGUUUCCGCUGCUUGUGCAGUUGAACUGGAGCAAGUACGAUCGCGAGGGCAAGUUUGUCAUGAAAGUAGAAUCGUCUACGAGACCGCUUCAGUUCUGCAAUGGCACACCUUGUAAAGGCGGUGUUUCGUCGAGUAAAGCAUUCUGCAACAGCACUCGACGUCGAUGGUCUCUGCGUCGAGAUCGACGAACUCCAACCGUAUCUAGGCGUGGUCCUUUAGGCUGUGCUGCGGCCGUUGGUUGGAACCGGGAUAAAUCUGCAACACAUCCGGACCAUUUCUCACCUCAUGAACCCAGCCUCAACUGUCUCCCAAGCAACCAUCAGUUGGGAUCUACGAAAAAGUCUUCAUCGUGCGCCCAUUCUUCACCACCGGAUUCCACAUUUACACGCACCAUCUCUAACCCUGAGGAAGUGAUGCGUCGCAAACGCCAACGUACUUUGGAAGCGAAGCUGAUGCAAAUUUUGCAUCAUGAUGUAUCCGAUGUCGGUGGCACUUUGAAGAUUUACGGUGGUCAAAUCUGUCCUUCCGUCCCAUACAAAACCCUGUUACUUUCCGCUACGGAUUCUGUUUCUGAUGUGAUUCGACAGGGUUUGAACAAAUACGGUCUGGAGGACGCAGACCCAGCGGCCUACUGUCUGGUGAUGCGCGUCCGCACUUCCUCUGACGUGGCAAACAAUCGCCGGGGCACGGAAGGUGUGCUUUGCGAUACCGAUUUUCCUUUGACACAAUUGUUCAACUCCACUCUAGAUGCCGGCACAGUUGUCACAUUUGAACUGCGACCACGUCCACCGCAUCUGUUUGCCAACCGACCGUUCUCCAAUGCUUCCUAUGUUCCCCGACUACCUGACCCCUUGGUUGAUGCUUCCAAAAAGCACACGAAAUACAAUCGUUCUUCACUAGAGCUGGACACUGUGUUCGCCUGCUUGAUCGAGCUGCGUUCCACACCUCCAAUGGAUCCGGGUUCGAUCACAUUUCCGGACACUCACGGAAUCAGUACGGGUACCAUCUACCCUCUACCGGUGCACAAAGGUCAGGUUUGUGUGGGCACCGUUUGCAGUCCGGAUGCAGCUCACCCGUACAUCGUUACCCUACCUGCCUGCUUCUGGCCUGGUGUGGAGCUACACCAUUUGAUUAUUUGGCGUCCUCCAGUCCCUCCCGGGAUCACCUCGGCAAUGGCUGCGGCUGAAGCGACUACUCGCCGUGGGGGUUGGCUUGCGUGCAGACCGUGUAUGCGACUCGCUCCGGGCACCGGGAAACAGAUGUUCGCUCAGGUUUUUGUCAACAACCAACCGUUGGUCCAGACUGCUGAGAACCAAGCCUGUGUGUACUGGCUCAGCCCAGGCGAUGUCAUACGAUUGGGCAGUGGACGGAGGUGUUUGAAAAUUUGGCCCGGCAGCGGUUCACUUCCUCUCAGACUUCCUUCUAAGAUCAACACGUCCAUCGCGACCACUGGACCCGGUAGCGCCUCGAAUUGUCCUGAAGUUCCCAGGCACCACCGAGUUUACGAAUCAAAUCUUUCCGGAUCCCCACCGUCAACUUACGAAAAUGCCCCACCUCUCGUGUCUAGGAUCGGGGAUGUUAGCCACAUGUCCACUCCAGUGACCUUUUUCUCUCCACUCAUACAUUCGCCAAUUUCACAUUUGCCUGAGUUCACUCGACGUCCUGGUCCAUUCGUGCACACGAAGUCCUCUCUCACUUUUACACCCGUCCCGGCUGCAGUGGAUCGCAUUUCUGUUUCGUCCUCUUCUCUAUCCAGCAAUCCAACAACCGAUGAGCUCCCCUCCUCACCCAGACCUACUUCUUAUGAGCGUCCUAUCCGUUCUGACAUUGGUACUCCUGCAAUCCUCACCGCUACAAAGUCUUCCACUCGUCUGUUGGAAACUGGUCUCUCUCCUAUCGCUCCUUUACAUGGACGAUCCUUCGAAACUGGUUACACACCUAGCACCUCAGUUUCAGUCCACAUCGAACAAAUACCUCCUUUCCGCCCAAUUCCUUCAACAACAUGGACUGGCAACAAACUUCCCACGUUGUCAGAGAACAAGCGCACCCCAGGCCCAGUCACCACACCUGCUCCCAAUCCGCCUGACCCCAUCUCCAAUGUGCCGGAGUCCGUUUGCUCGCGUUUUCCAUCCCUCUCCUCUUCCGAUAUUAAACCUUCUAUGGACAGCAGAUCGCAUCGUCCGCGGUCCGGAUCCACCAUUUCCGAUCGUCUUCCUUGUCAGUUGGCGUUCGCACCUGGUACAGUGGCACUGCUGCUAGACUGGGUCAUCAAACACUCCCUUGCCGCUCAGUUCUUUCCGGAUGAUUCGACACCUCCCGAUCUCAGCACCCCACCUUCCUCCCUUGCAGAAUGUCCGUUGGGACCCGCAAUAACAGUAUACCUAAUGCUCCGUGCCAUUCACCGCCAAUGUGAUCGCUGGGAAAUCAUAGAGGCGAAACAGCUGGCGAAACACUCGAAUUCCACGGAACAGUCAAGCACCGCUCCGAAUAAUAACCCGGUGGAAUCAAAAACAUUUUCCCUGAAUGAUCCAAUGCACCCAUCGAAGAUCAAGUUGGCUACUCACCAACUCCGACGUCGACGACGAGAGCUGCUGAUCUUAUUGGCAGGUGCCGUUGAACGAUUGGAGCAAGUCGGCACAAUUUUUGCCACUUCUGUCGAGCGUUGGCAUUUGUGGUCCCCUCCCGUUUCUGGCACCGACUGGGAGACAAAGUUUCAUACUCUGUUACGCUCAGUUGCCGCAUGGUUGUCCAACGCGAGCCAGCUGCUCCAUUUGGUCACGCGGGAUGUGGAUUUUAGUAAAACCUUUGAGAUUGGCUCCCCACUCGGCGUUUCAAAUCCGGACGAUGACGUCUCCGCUCAGUCCACAUGGGCUGUGGUCCAAGACCAACUAACCGACGUUGUACAGACAGCAUUCGGGUUCCUCACAGAUAUCUGCGUGUCACGAUUGGAUCGAGAGAGUAUUCCGAACCUUUUAUUGAAAUUGACCCGUCUGGUCGAAAACCACUCCCUCGCGUCCAGUCUCCCGAAUGGGGAUGACGGAAUUUGUUCCGCAGACGAGAGCACAAAGGAUCCAUCUACAUCAGAUUCAGACGCGACUCUCCGGAUGCUUACCGAAACUCUGGACUCACUUCACUUGGCCCUGGUGAAUCCAGCCUUCGUAGUCCAGUUGUUCGCCCGCUUACUGCACAGGUUGAACGCGCGUCUCUUUAACUUCAUCCUUGGCUCUCCCAGCGAUUCCACCACAACAUCGCCUCCUGAUGCUUCUGCUGCUCACGUUUCUCCCAGCUGGGGUUCAGUAUUGCAGCACUGGAUCCAUGAAUGUUUAUGUGUUUGGGCCGCCAGUCAAGGUCUGGGUGUCGCCGCCGAGUGCUAUUUGCAACGAGUUAGCCAAGCCGCGGAUCUGAUGUUGGCCGAUGUGAGUUCCGUGGAAAAUCUGUACAAUGUGGUGGUCGAUCUGGCCGGGUUGAACUCCAGACAAGUCGGGUGGUUGUUGUCUGCCUACCAACGCACUGAAACUACCGCGGAUGCUCAGAACAGCCCUGUGUUUCGAAUCCCGGAGAACUGGAUCGGCUUUGUUGUCUCAGGUGUGAAAUUGGUGGCUGACCGUAUUUUGGCUGAAGAGGAAACCCAUUUAUCUGCAGAUACUACUUCGGAGGAUGAAAGAACCUGGGAUCCUCGUCUGAUGGAAGAACUUGACCUGCUACUUCCUUUGCUCCUUCCCGAGGACUCCUACCCCUCUGACAAUUCCAUCCCAUUCGAAGCGUCCGAAGAUCCCACAAGCUGCGACAGCGGUAUAUCAAGCAGGCCAAGCUCGUCCACUGACCGGGGCUCCCGUGGGUUGCCCCCAUUCACUCACUGCGUCGUCGAGCCACUGAUUCUGGUGGAAUCGGUUCGCAAAUUCCUAACAUUCGCCCUUACUGCCGGUUGGUGCCGCUUGUCCGUCCGUCCCAUCUGUGAUCGUUCCCCCCAUGGUUCCUCCACACAACGCCUCCACUGGAAUGUCUACCUCCGGCCGGCAGGUGCUACAUCGCCUGUCUCCUCAUCGAAUUCGCCUGCGCCCUCAAGUGGCAUUGACGGUGACACACAUCCGCACAACAUAGCCGCUCCCUUGAGGCGGGCAUCGGAUCACUUGAUUGCGCCGACACCAUCCACAACAGUCCCCGAGAACUCGCCAGUGACUUCCGAGACGGCAGAUCCGGCGAUGCGACCGCCUUCACCGGUUACCACCGGAGUACGCGUGUCUUCAGAUACUGCGGGAGGGGACAUUGGCUCUACUCCGUCAUUUGACCGAGCGUGUUUAGUGUACAUAUCCUCGUUGUGUUCCAGACAUCAGCCUUUUACGGUCAUCGUGCCGAAGAUAGGACGAAGUCUUGGUCUGAACAUUGUUGCCGCCAAAGCUUCCAGAGUGCAUGCUCUGUGUGAUCAGCUGUUUACUGAACUGGCCAUAGAUCAACCCGAGAAGAGGGCGCCGGCCGCAUCGCGGACAAGUCAACCUACCCAGGCUAUUCAUACUACAUGUGAUGCUGCGCUGCCAUCGUAUCAGCGCACCGGUGACAGAACUCCCACUGCGGAGCUUGUGGCUCAGCUUCCGUAUGGCACCUUUGCUCCUCGGCUGGGGUCCACCACUUCCCCUGAACCGGUCCCGUUUUCCGUGUGUACUGCCGCAUUCACACGCACUAAUGAGUUUGGAGCAGUUCAGGAAGGUCCAGCGCCUUGUCGGCGAACAAACCCUGAAUGCUCGAAUGCUCGCUCUUCACGCUCGCUAGGAGACCUGCCCAGCCUGAAUAUCACCGAUGCCUCGAUGCCAGAACUCCCCGCUGCUCCCGUUGAACGCACAUCCCGACGGGCAUUGAGUGGACGUGCCUUGCAGCGAAGACACACCACAGUCACCACUGACCGGUUCAAUGUUGGUCCUAGGCCUGAACCGCCGAAUCAGGGCCCGUCCAUUCGUGGUUGACAAAUUCGCAAGCUUCUCCGUUGCUGCUGCAAUGUUGUCUAUCACCUCUUCGGCUAUCUGCCUCUGCGCAUUUCCCACCUCCCACCCCCAAAGAACACAAUCGAGCCGCCUGCAUUUGUUUUGUUUUCUGAUUUGCAAGAGAACGUGUGCUUUGUUUGUUGUACAUGGUAUUUUAUUUCUUUAUAUCGUCAUUCCUCAUGCUCACUCUAUUUCUUCUGCCUUGUAAAUGAUUUGACACCAAGUACACUCAUUUGAACUAC